GCGCAUCAUAGUCCCAGCCCUUGUCCUAGAUCCAUUCCACUCGGAGUUGGGAAGCAGGUUCCGAAAUCGGGAGUGAGUAGCAGAGGGUAUCAAAGGAUCGACGCAAGCCGUCAGCCAGACAUCCAUAAAAAAAAAAAUAAAAAAAAUAAAAAAAUAAGGAACCCGCGCAUGCGCGCAGCAUCGCCCUAGUUUGGUGCAGCUUCGGUGUGCGACCCUUCCCGCGUUCCGUAGCGCGCCCGCGCAAGCGCAGAAGGCUCAGCAGCCCAGUCGCUAUGGAACCCGACGGGACGUACGAGCCUGGCUUCGUGGGUAUUCGGUUCUGCCAGGAAUGUAAUAACAUGCUGUACCCCAAGGAGGACAAGGAAAAUCGCAUUCUGCUGUACGCGUGCCGGAAUUGCGAUUACCAGCAGGAAGCCGACAACAGCUGCAUCUACGUCAACAAAAUCACGCACGAAGUGGACGAGCUGACCCAGAUCAUCGCAGACGUGUCCCAGGACCCCACGUUGCCCCGGACGGAGGACCACCCGUGCCAGAAGUGUGGCCACAAGGAGGCAGUGUUCUUUCAGUCACACAGUGCCCGAGCUGAGGACGCCAUGCGCCUGUACUAUGUUUGCACUGCCCCACACUGCGGCCACCGCUGGACUGAGUGAUCGUUCCUUCUUCCACCUGUAAUAAAUGCCAGUUUCUACA